UUGCUCUAACAAAAUCAACAGAAAACAAACAAGGUGGGGGUUUGGGCUCUCGUCGGGGUUUCAUUCAUCACUCUUUUGAGCAAAAAAUACCCAAAACAUUUUCCCUUCAUCAUCCACGCUUCUCUCUGUAAUUUGAGUUUUCUGCAGAUUUCCUGAAAUUCGAGUUGGAAUCAGCAAAAAGAGAAGAGCUUUGAAGCGAAGUCAAGAUGAAGACGACGAAGGGAGGGAAGGUGAUGAACCCUACGGACGCUUACCGGAAGGAGCUCCGGAAGAAGGAAUUGAAACGGAAUAAAAAAGAACGAAAGAAGGUGAGAGAGGUGGGGAUCUUGAAGAAGGAUCCCGAUACUUUGAAAGAGCAGAUUGAUAAGCUGGAAAUGAUGAAGGCUGAUGGCGCUCUUGACAAGGCAAGAAAACACAAGAAGAGGCAACUAGAGGAUACACUUAACCUUGUUAUAAAGAAGCAGAAGGAAUAUGUAGAGAAACAGAAAGAAAAGGGCGAGGUCCCAGUUAUGUUCAGUCAUUUGGGGCCGCCUAAAAGACGAAAGACUGCAGAAGAAGAGGAGAGAGCGAAGCAUCCGAUGCCUGAGGACUCAGUUUACUUCCAUCCGACCCUGAAUCCUACUGGUGCCCCACCACCUGGAAAGCCUCCAAUGUUUAAAUCGUCAAUAGGACCAAGAAUUCCCUUAUCUGCUGCUUCGUCAAGUGGUGCUGCAUCAUCCUCUAAAAUGGAGUCAGAGGACGCUGUACCUCUGGCUGAAUCUGGUGACAAUGGCCCUGGUGAUGGCUCUGUCAUACCUGAGUCCUUGCCGCUACCUCCUCCGCCUCCAUUGCCGCCUAACCCUGCAGCUACAAACCCAGGUAUCUCAUUGCCGCCACCACCACCACCCCCACCUCCAGGACCCCUGCCUAAAGAGCAGAUUUCUAAUCACCCCCUACUUCCCCCUCCACCUUUUCAACAGUCCGCCCAGCUUCCUCCUCCUGGUAUCAGCGGAAAUGAGAAGGAACAAAAUCAAUCUUCAUUGUCUGAUCUAACCUCUAAGGACUCCACACAGGUGCAUACCAUGCUUCCUCCUCCUCCUCCUCCACCUCCAGGUUUACUGCCUAAGUCAACAAAUAAUCAGUCGGGAGGUGCAACAUCUGACGCUGAAACCAAUAAUGCUCAACUUACCAAGGAUUUUACUAACAUGGUUCCACCACCUCUUCCUCCUCCUCCUCCUCCUCCAAGACAACAACCUCCAGUUCCUGGAUCCACCCUUAUUCCAAAUUUACAUCCCGAUGUAUUGCCCCCAGGUAUCUCACGUUUUCCUCCACCCCCACCUCCACCAGAUAUGCGGCCACCAUUGUCCACUCCUGGACUUCCCACUCGACCAGGUCCCCCGGGAAUGAUGGUCCCAAUGAUCCCCAGGCCCCCAUACGGUCCUCCCCCUGGACCUCGCCCAAUGAUGAGACCACCACUUCCACCUGGGCCUCCUCCUACUUAUCAAGAAGAUGAUUAUGCUGCUCGAGUGGCUGCCCAUCAGAAACCUUCAUAUGUUAAAUCUGCAGCAUCUACUGUUGUGAAGAGGCCUCUGGCUCAGCACACUCCAGAACUUACAUCCAUGGUUCCUGCAUCUGUUCGGGUAAGGAGAGAGAUGGCCGCCCCAAAAGCAAAAGCAAAACCUUCACUCCCAACCACAGCAGCACCUACCCAGUCAGCAACUCCUCCUGUUAAACCAGAGUCAGCAAACUCGUCGUCAGCACCAAAAGGCAAGAGCAUAGAUGACUCGUAUAUGGCUUUCCUGGAGGACAUGAAGGCGCUCGGAGCACUUGAAGGUUGACAUCCAGCUGGUUAGUCGGCACCAAGAUAGAAACAAAAAAAGAGAAAGAACAUCGAAACAGCAUGGCAUGCGUGUAGCCAAAGGAAACACAAAUGCACAGGCUAUUGAAGUUGAGACGGAGACUGGUGGUAUUCCUUUUUGUUGCCAUUGUCAUUAACUUAGUUUCCUAAUGCAUCGUUUCACGGUGAAUUCAAAACAAUAUCAGAUGUUGAGAUGGGUGUAAUGAGUUAGAAAUUCAGGAUGUACAAUUUGUAGCAAUCUUUUAUUUAAAAUAAUUUCG